CAUGAAAUUUACAUCUUUAUUCUCAUAAUCAUGGAUAUUUUCUUUUACGAACAUUUCAUUUAUAGGUUGUGGAUUGUGAAGACGUCCAAUUUGAAGAUCUGACGUUUUCUGAAAGUCUCUGUGAGAUUGCUCCUGAUCGACCAAAGGGAGCUGAAGCUGCUUCUGCAGUACCCAACCAGAUGCUACAGCCUCAACCUUCCAGCAGUGCAACAGAACUGGAUAUUAAUUCUCUUUACAUGCCUAGGCUUCCCUAUGUAGGUGAAGAGCAAAUUAAAGUCUAUGAAGACUAUGUGAUUGGUAGUGGUAACUUUGGAACUGUGUACAGGGGAUCCUACCAGGGGACAGUUGCUGCCAUUAAAAAAAUCCCCAUUCAAGGAUCUCUGAAUGACAUAACACAUGAGAUUCUCGUCUGCACAAGGCUUUCCCAUCCUCACAUAGCCAGGGUGAUGGCUGUUUCUAAGACUGAUAGAGCAAUUCUCAUUGCAAAUGAAUACAUCCAUGGAGCAAGUUUAGAGAAAGUGCUUCAUGGAGAUGAUGCCAAUUUCAAGUUGAAUGAAGAAGAGCAAUGCUACAUUGGACUGGAAGUAGCUCUUGCUGUUGAGUACAUUCAUUCAAAGAAUAUAAUACAUCAGGAUAUCAAACCAGCAAAUAUUCUGGUAGAGCAACGUUCAAAGAAGGCACUUCUUACAGACUGGGGGCUUGCUAAUGUUCGAGAUUCGGUGUCUCUAAGACUUGGAAGCAGAACUGUUGCACAGGUAGCAGGUCCUCAGGGUGGAACAGCCCUGUACAUGGCGCCUGAAUGCAUGAUCAACUUCAUGCAGCCAAGCGUGAAAUCUGAUGUGUGGUCUUUGGGUGCAACGUUCCUAGAGCUCUUUACUGGCUGUUAUCCGUGGAAUGUAAACAACUGCAGAGAGCUUAGUAGGCUGCUUUUGACAGAGGCCGUGCCCCAUGGCCUAUCUAGCCUUAACUCUCCCCAGAAAACAAUUGUUUGCCCCUGUCUGAACUACAGUUCUGAUCUUCGACCUCCUGUUUCUGAGGUUGUUCAAAUCUUUAAGGGUUUAGACAUCAUCAAUUUAGAGCAACGUUAUGGUUUUAAGUGGUAA